ACUUUUCUCGUUAUCGUUUGGAACUUUAUUUACUCUAUGGUUUAGAAGUGUGCAUCAACUGAAAUGUAUGAAGCAUUGUAGCAGUGUAUUAUUGCGUUUAUUUGUACGAGAAUAUACCCUAACCACCUACGAGCCUAUGAAUAACAUUGUUGUUUAAGUGUUUUUCAGCGAUGGGUGUGUAUCAAUUGACUACUUAUCUGGAAACUGGCAAACCCAACGCCUAUUGUUAUGAAGUAAAUAUUGUGAAACUCGCCAGAAAGUUCGCAGUAAACGAGAACAGGCAGCCAGUAAUAAUAGUGGAUGGCACAAGCAGCCUAUACGACUUCUCCGACUUCCAAAGUAAUAAUUGGCUGAUGGGAGGGCAGUUACGUGUCUGUAGGCACAAUUUGAAAAAAUUUGUAACCGCAUUCAAGGAUGCUGGUAUAAAACUUGUGUUUUAUUUCGAUGGGUCGAACGUGGACGAAAAGAGGCAUGUUUGGAUCUCAAGACAAAACGAAAAGAUUAAAAAACAAGAACAUAUUUUUCAGAAAUUGAAACGCGGGCUAUGUCCUAAUAAAAAUUUGUUACCAGCACUUUACGGAGCUUUUGGAAGAUUUAUUUUGCAACACGAGCUUGACUGCGAAGUUUUAGUCUCAGUAGGAGAAUGUGACGAAGAAAUGGCCGUAUUUGCUCAGGAACAUAAUUGUUUGGCUUUCCUUGCUCAGGAUUCAGACUUUUUGAUACACAAAGGUGCUAAAUACUUUUUGUCAAUGAAACAUUUAGACAUCAAAUCAAUGAAGACUUUGUGUUACAACAGAGCAGCAUUUGCAGAAUCACUGUCACUGAAUGGUGAUCAUUUGCCUCUUCUUGGCAGUCUGAUGGGAAAUGACUUGGUGCCAUUUAACGAGCUCAAACGUUUCCAUGAAAAACUGUGCCAAGGCUAUAACCACGUGAUCACAAGAGUCCGGCGGUUAGCCGACUACGUACGAAAAUACCCGAACAGCGACCUGAGCAAGAGCUGUUUGUUAAAAAUCGCUGAUGAUAUUGGUGGAGACAGGAACAUGGCGGUGUUUCUUGAGAGCAGCAUAAAUUGUUAUAAUUGCAAGAGCGUGGUUGGUGAGGAUAGAAGGUGGGGAGUGAUGCACGAGGCUCGAAUCAGACACACGACAUGCGAAAUUCCGCCUUUUGUGUAUCCGAUCAUGAGAGGGAAACCUUACGAACUGAGCGUUGGGCUUGAGGAUUUCGAUGGAGAAAUGGAGGCCGCAGCGAAGGUGUACAGGCCAAUGAGACAACGCUUCUAUGGAGUACUCCUUCAUGACGAUCCAGCCAAGCGUGAUACAGUUGAAGAGUGGUGUGUAGAGUCCAAAAAGAUCUCUGAAGCUGCUCUUAAUGUCAAAGUGCAAAGAGUUCCAGGUAAUAUGCAUCCUGGUUUGUUAAGAUUGUGGACAGAAAAUACAUCUGUGAUUAACAGAAGAAGAUGGGAACUUUUUUUGUGGUGCAUUUCACCUGCAUUGGACAGAUCUGCAUUGACGUACAUUGAUCCGAAAUACUACGUCCCAGCUGCUGUACUGUAUUACCUAGUACACGUGGAUGAACACUUGCUUUAUGACUGGGAAGUGGAAGCCAUCAUAUCCCAAGCCGUUCUGCUCCAGACGAUGAAAGACCGCCAGUUGGUGAGCUUGAGGACGCAGAUUCCCGAGCCCAGGGCGGUCCAGGUGGCAUCGCUCUUUGGCCGCGGAGUCACCACGGUCUUGCUCGUCAUGGCGGCUUGCGGCGUUCCGCUCAAACAAAUGAUGCCAUGGUUGUAUUAUGAUGGAAAGUUGUUCCUGGAACAAUUUUUAGAAAGGAAAAAUGGAUUCCAACGACAAUUUCAGGGGCAGGUCCAGUGCGAAUUCUUGUCCAUUCGUAAGUUUGUGUACGGAGAGUGAACUACGUGUUUUGGCAAAACACCGCAGAAGUACAUAUCUGCAACUGCAAUAUAUUCAAAUAUAUUUUAAACAUUUUAAAUUUAGACACUAUGCUAAGAAUUUUUUUGUAUUAAUGUUUUUAGCUUUUUUAUUUUAGUAUUUUAAAAAUAAAAUAAUAUCAUUAGAUGUGUUAAGUGUUAAAAAAAAAGUUAUGUUAACCAAAAUGUUACCUUAAAUAUGGAAACUCUUUGUACAACACUAUUUUAUUAGUCUAAGAUCGAUUGCAUGUACCUAUAUUAAAAUCUCUUCAAAGAA